CUUGGUGUUUCUAGGAAGUCUUGCAAACCGAAACCGAGAGAGCGCGAUGGUGUUUAUCAGUGAUAUAUUAGCCACGUUUUCCAAGAAAGUAACACUCGUUCACAUACUCGGAAGUCACAUGGUGGAUAGGGUUAGUAUAGUGUCAUUUGUCCUUAGUGAGAGGAUCCCGUUCUUACUGCCUCAGUCGGAUUCUGUCGGGCAAGACCACCCAGCGGUGCAUAUGUUCCUCGACAUGAGCGGUUUCACAGGAAUACAAGGUUUUGAGAGGGGAAGAGGAAGAGGGCGUGGUAGAGGACGAGGGAGGGGCAGAGGACGAGGCAGGGGUAGGGGAAGAGGUGUGGCUUCAUCAGAGAACACAGAUGAAUCGACAGAAGUCACUGUACAGAGUGUAAGACGAGGCCUGACCGGAGGGGCGAGGGAACUGUGUGAACGAUACAUAGGGGACACUUGUUAUUGUCCUCGUGUCCACCACCAGAAGAAGGCUCCGUAUGUGUGGCAGUACCUGGACAACAUUGGCGAUUGGAAACUGUUGUCCAACAGUGAGAUGGAGAAGGUGGAGGAAUCGUUCUGUGACAAUGACGACAGCACAGUGGCUGAGGUCCGGUUACAUGGAGAAAUUGCAUCAUCAGAAGUAAACUUUGAAGAAAUACUUGACCCACCACGGCAGAAGUCGUACAACAAGCUCAGUUUCCGGCGACUGUCAACCCGAUCUUACGUGGAAGCCGGAACUGACGACAUAUCUCGUUACACGCAGUGGGUGUGGUACUGGCAGGACAACAGUAAAGAGUGGUCGCCCUUUAUACCGCCGGAACUUCAGCUGACCCUGGAGACCAAGUACCUGGCUGGACAGGACGCUUACUUCUACACUAUCGCAGAUCAGGAAUACCGCCUGGACUUCACCUCUCUGGUUCAGGUCAACAGGAAGUAUCUAACUCGGAGGCCAGUUCAGAGGAGGCCGAUGUUUGUAUCUCUUGAUACUGCCAGGAGCUACCAACAGACGUGUUCCAGUUUAUUGAUGUCCCUGUCGGCAGUAACACCAGCUGACGUCCCCUCGAACUGGACUCCACUUGACCGUUAUCAGAACAGUGAAAAAGUGGAACUGGAUACAAGCUCCGAUGAAUUUACCACUGUGAUGUCAUCCAUCUACAAAACUCUGUCAGCGAAUAGAUGUCAAGGCCAGCGAGUAUACAGACUGCAGAAUGCUUUACUUUGGCACAAUUUCCUCAGUAUGAAGAAGACACUUCAGAUGUCUCAUAGCACAGAGAGCAUUGAUCAGCGACAACUCUUCCACGGCACAGACACUCUAGACGUGGUCAACAACAUCUGCAUCAACAACUUUGACUUCAGAGUCAGCGGCAAGAACGCCACGGUGUACGGCAAGGGGGCGUAUUUCGCCCGUGACGCUAAGUAUAGUCACAGUUACACCAAAGGCAGGAAUAGGUACAUGUUCCUAGCCCGAGUGCUUGUUGGUAAGUACACACUGGGAGACAGCAGCUACACGAGGCCUCCACCGAGAAAAGGCCACGUGUUGUACGAUUCUUGCGUCAACGACAUUAACAACCCUUCAAUAUUUGUUAUAUUUGAGCGGAAUCAGUGCUACCCCGAGUACCUUGUCGAGUACAGAGAUGAAACUGUUGACGAAUCCGUGUCUGUGAGCAGAAGUAUUGGAAAUGUGACAAGAUCACCUGCGAGUGCUAGUGCGCCAGCCAAGACCGCCCCAGUUCCCUCUAUGAUCCGAAAACCGGCUCCACCUGCUCCAGUUGGAUCCAGUACCCCAACCUACUCCAGCAUCACGUCGUCAAUCAGGACGAGAUUGCCUCCGCCUGUUCCAACACAACCUGCUAAAGUCGUCAAUCCUGUGUCAUCUUCAGGCCCCAGUAUCACCAGGCCCUCUUCAAUGAGUGCGUCAACAUACGAACAUGCAUAUAUUGGAUCCAGUUCCCCCACCUACCCAUCGCCCGUCUCCAGCAGCAACACACCGUCAUUCAGGACGAGAGCGCCUCCCAGUAACCAGGCAUAUGGCAGUUCUGCAGGGCACAACCCCACCCGCUUUUCCGGAGGAGAAAUGCCUGUUAGUCGAAACUCAGGCAUCUUCUCCUCUCGUUCCUCCUUCUCAGACAAUGUUGCUGGAGAUCGGCAGAACAUACCCAAGAAGAAGUCGUGUAUAUUAAUGUAACGUUCGACCGUUUGAGAACCGUAUUCGUCUACAUUAUCCUUCAACUCUUACCCGUCCAUAGAGACGACUGCAUGGAUCGGGCGGUGACGUAAAGUGAUGCGAUGCGAUCGGUAGAAUGUCCACCGACAUCGUCGAUCAUUGCUGCUGUUAUCUUGUCUGGAUCCAGACAUCCAUAGAAACAUCCAGCCCAUUACCAGAUGGCGAGUUAAAGAACACCAGAACCGAAUUACCAGCCUCCAAAAAGUUUCCGUCCAAAAAGUUUCCGUCUGGAAAGGAAAUUACAGAAGUCUUUCAACAUUCAACAUCCUAAAAGGUUGUCAAGUCUGCAAUAUCCCAUUAGCUUACCAGAACAGAUUAGACAAUAUAAUCAAAACCAAUUAUAACUCUUCUGUGUCAUCGGCGUCCAUUUUGUUAUAUUACCUUGUUUUGAGGAGCACAUGUAUAAUAGACGAAUCCAAAUUCCACGUGUUCCUGAUUAUAGUUCUGGGUUUGCCAGCAUCCUACGCGUGCUUGUUGGUUUCCGCGAAGUGGUAAACGUCAAGGACUAGCCAAACUGGACUUCUCUACCGGUGAAGCUGAUCUUACUGAAAUAUUAACCUAAGUGACCUUAAAUUCAAACCACGGAUUUAUUUUGCCAGUAUGUGUGUAUAUAUGUAUUGCUUCGCCUUGUAUAUGACGCUUCUGGUUUCACAAUUAUGUUGAUCAUGUUUAACACGCUCAAAACACUUUUAUUCACUUCCAGUUACUUCCUCUUGUUUUCAACCCCCUUUUAUAUAUAUAUUAUCAUCACAUUUUGUGCAAUUACUGUGCGAUUUCCGUAUAUCGUUGAUAAUUUAUUUUUGCACAUAUGCAGGUAUUUAAUAGCUCACUAUGUAAUUUCGUCACUGUCAUCCACAAAUUAUGGCUGCAGUAAUGCCGAUAUUACUUCAGCUCACUCACUCACUUGAUGAAAUGGUACAAUCUACAGCAAAACGCAAUAAAAAUGAUCAUCCAUA